AUGGCCACACAAACUUCGAAUCAAAACCUUCCUGAGUGUUCGUGCCAGAGGCCCAAAAGUCAAGUCAAAAAUGAUGCAUCCACACAGUCUGUCGUAUCAAAACAGGCCAAGAAAAAUGUAUCCACACAAUCUGUAAAAAAUUUGAAGAAUGCCCAGACACAAUCACAUCAAAAUCAUACAGCGUCUUCACAAAAUUCUAAAACGGAAAAAAAUGGCGUGAAACCCACAAAGGAAAAAGGCACAUCGCGGAAAUGCUUCUGGAAGCAUCCAAUAAUUGUUGUAAACAGGGAUAGUUCUAGCAAAGUUCUGCAAUCAGAAAGUACGAGAAAUGGACGAGGGAAGUCUGCGAUAAAAAUCAAAACGCGAGACAAUCAGACACAAUAUGAAAUACCUUCUAAUGGGGCUAGAAGUGAAAGAAAUAGUUCACUUUCGUCCUUUCUACCAGAAAUAAUCGAUAGGGUUGAUCAAUUAGAAUCCCAAUUAAGGAGGCAGGAAAGAUCCCUAAGAACCCUGGAGGGGUCAGUAAGAUCAUGGAAAGUCCAGGAGAGUAAGCCCGCAGAUUGUAGGAUUUUAUUUCAAUCGAACCCCAAUGAUUUUCAGACGCCCCAAAAAAAAUCUAUCGAGGAAAAAUCCACUCAAAGUACAGAAAGAUGUUUGACGGCCCAGGAAAUCACUGCCGCGCAGAAGAAGCCGCUAACUUCUGAUCAAUCAACUCAGAAGAACGAUAAUGCUAGUUCCGAUGAUAAGACUUUAUCUCAAGAGUUUCUAGAAAUAUUUAUGUUGCCCAAAACCAAGUCACCAAAGACUACCUUAAAGAAUAGAAGUGCUUCUGAAACUGAUACCCAAAGACCCACAUCCACACGGUUUUCACAGGACAUGGAAAUUUUAUUAAAACAUUUUGAUAAAGCUUUCGAAAAUAAUAGUGAAGAAUGCAUUUCUACCAAUACCAAGAUGCCAGAAGAUGACAAAUGCCAUCGGCCCAUAUCUUCCCGUUCCAUUAGCCCGUCGGGAAACAGUUCAAAGGAAAAAGAACUCGAGAAUCUGAUAGAAAAAUUUGGUCAAUUGGUUUCGAAGCUGAAAAAUGAUUCCAUUGCCACGCAAACAAAAGAUUCGUCUUCAUCGAUCAAACGCAGUUCCUCUAGGCCCUCUUGUUCGCGAAAUGAUUUGCCAAAACGAGACUAUAAGCCAUUUAUCCAGCAACUUGCGCAGCUCUUUGCCAAGUCUCAGGCACCAGAAUCGAAGCCGACUCCAACAUCAGUUGAACCCAAGAGUGGUUCCUUGGAUCGUUUCAUGGCGGAGCUAACAAGAUUUUUUUCAAAACAGUCUGAACAGGAAUCCAAGCCAUCCACAAUAAAAGAACAAAAUCCUAAAAUGGUAACGAUCAUUUCAAAAGAAGAAACUCUGGCACCAAACUCCAAAUUAAAGUCAAUUUCGACCCAAUCGCAAGUUAAAAAUCCUGAUUUAGAUUCCAAGGAUGAAAAAAAUAGGCCUUGUGCUAAUGAAAGUAAAUCUACGUUCAGCGAAGUAAAUGGAUCCAAUGUAUCAAUACGGGCCAUACCACAAUGGGAGCCUGAUGCGAGUCGCUGUCAGUGUGGAGAUGGAAAAGGAGCCAUAGGCGAUAGUUUAAUUGAAAAUUUAAUGUUCAUAAUUGGGGGACGAUCUCUUAAGGAUGUUGUGCUGACCAUAGUCCGGCAAGAGGGAAAUAUAUAUCAUAUGUCGGUCAGGGAAAUGGAUACUGGCCUUAUAAUAGGCUGUCUAUUGGCCAAUGGCAUCGCAAUAAGAGAGGCUAUCGCUCUGGGACUAUUCGAGGACAUUAAGACAUUCUGCGAGCUGGACAAGCUCAAAACACGUGAUCCGCAGGAAUGCCCUGUGGGGGCUAAUGUUCUCUUGGGAAAUCCUCGAGAACGGGGAGGCGAAGCUCAACUGAACAAAAAAGGCAUGUGCAAGGAUGGACAGGCGUUUGCCACUCGAGUACUGGGACUUCCAGCAGAACAGGCUGCUCGAUUCUUCUCCCUAACCAAUGCUCUCAGACUAGCAAAGAAUCCGUCUGAACAAAGCAUCCGGGAGACCGACAAACCAGAGGUCCAAUUUGGCAAGGGAGCAGUCACUGGUAGCAUGUUGGCUAUAAAUAACGUGGAUACAGCUCUUGUGAGCUCAGGGUCGGAGUCUAACUGGCGGCAAUUGGGUGCAUCAUCAAGUCUAUUAUUUCCCUUAGUUUCUGACCAAGAGGAUGAGAAACAAAACUAGAAAGGGUAUACUUAAAGAAUCAUCUUUUCCAUUUGCUCAUCAACAUUUUUACACUUUUUGUAACGAUUUAAUUCUGCAUUUUCAUUUCUAAAAAUAAAAUCAAAAGUAUCCAAAUUUA